AUGGCCGUCUUCGGCCUCUUCUCCAGACGCGACAAGCACAAGCCUCCCCCGGACGCUUCCAGCGAAGCCAAGGCCAGCAUCGACGCGUCUGUCUCCGACACCCAGUCGGUCAACGCCGACUUCGCCUCCACCUCUGCGCAGCCAUCCAACCGCAACGGCCACGCUGUCUACGGCGGACCUAGCAGCGCAUCGUCGAGCAAACUCAUGCUGGGCUUCGGUGCCAAAAAGAGCAAGGCAUCCCACCAGACCGAUGACAAUGGGUAUUUACGCCCUCCACCCUCCGGCCUCCCGAAGCCUCGCUUCCCCAGCUCCAAGUCUGAGUCGGGCCACGAUUCACUAAGCCCUCCACCUUCUCGGUCAGAUCUGUUUGCCUCGUACGGUGCACUGUCGACACGAUCAUUACCCACGACCACAGGCAGCGAGCCUGGGAGCUCCCGGCAGGACUUGGACAAUGCAAGUCGGACGUCGUCGGCGCCCAACGCGAAGAAACCGAAAGGGAUGUUCGCCUGGGCGCAUCGCGAGCGCAAAAAGUCGAAGCCAUCUCCGCCGGAUGCUUCGCCCAUAAGCCCAGAUGAGUCCUUUAACUUGAAGUCGUUCAGGCAUGUUCGCCCCGUCUCGCCAAGUCCCACGGAUAUCCCCCCACGCCCGCCAUCAUCACUUUCUACCUCAGGUCUCACUCCGCCCGUCCGGCCGAGAGGGAACAGUGUGGCUUCCCAGGAUUCCUCACAACGAAUAUCUGUGGCAGCUUUCCGAGAGAUGGCAGCACGGCGCAGUGCUGCAAACUCUCCCUCGCCAUCCUCUGUCGACCUCCGAGGAGAUGGAUCACCAUUCCUGCGUCCACCGUCGUCGUUCACGCAGGGUAUGGCAUCGCCAUCACCACCACCGCCACCACCGCCUUCCUUCCGUCUCUCCAAGCCGACAUCACCAGCCUCCGACUCGACCUCAUCAGAGUCAGACUCGGAAGGGGACGAUGAUGUAUCCGCGGGCUCGUCUACGCUGCGUCCGAAACGUCAUGGGCCAACUGGCACAAUCACCCCACGCUCGGUGGGCAAGGGCUCGUCCGAGCUAGGCCAUCGCGCGAAGCCAACGCCACCUCGAAUGAGGGCAUCGCCUUCCGCUCAAAGCAACGCGAGUGACCGCGGCAGUCUAUACAGCCGCGCACGCGCGUCACAGUCGACAUCUGCGCUUAUGCCAAAUGCGGCGGCUCAGCGCGCUUCUACGAUGUUCGCAGCGCAGAACGCGAACAGUGGUGGCGUAGCGCACAAGAAGCCGCAGAAGGUGGUUGACAGUGACAGCGACUCGACGUCGUCCGAUUCGGAUUCUGACACGGAUUCUGACGAUGCGCCGCUCGCGAGCAAGCUCCUGGGGCACAGGCGGACGGGAAGCGGGACGUCCACUGCCACGGCGGCGACGAACGUGUCUCGCGCGCGCAUGCUCCCGAAACCCCUCAUCGACAUCUCUGGACUUGCCCCGCCGAGUCUUCCGCCUUUGGUAACCGACAAGACACCCUUGCUAAUGCCGAGGACUGCCUCGCAGGAAGCGAAGGACAAGGAAGCGGAGAAGGUGAAGGUCACGGAGGCGGAGAAGGCGAAGGACAAGGAAGGCGACAAGGAGAACGUCACGGUCACCGAAGUGCAGGAGACACCAAAGGAACCGGAGAGGGAGAAGGCGUCCCCGUCGCCUGCUAACGCGAAACCGAGUCUCAAUGACCGUCUAGCGCGACUAGCGGCGAGCGUCUCUAACGGCCGUUCAAAUACACUUGUCAGCCCUGACGAGGCGGAGAAGGCUACUACUGACCGCGGACGCUCACCAGGUCCUCCGACACAGCCCAAGCGCAGCCAGACUUUGCCAGUCGAAGCUAUCGUGACGGAGUUAUCGCCCACCUCUACGGUCCCCAUGCCUUCGAGCUCCCCCACCAAGACUAAGCCGAACGGCCGGUCGUAUUCCGCCUCGAAUACGUUUGAGAGCACUGGUUACCAGGAUUUCUCGGAUCUAAAGCCCAUCGUCCCUACCCACAUCCGUGAACGCUCUCCACCUCCUGCGUUUAGCGUCACAUCGCGUCCAGCAUCGCAGAUGAGCCUAGCUUCGCACGUCCACUUCGGUGCAACGCGAACCGAACUGUCGCCUCCUGGACAGUCUACUAGCCCUCCGCUCACGACUGCACAAGCCAGGCUCAUGGCAGCGCGCACACCCUCACCAGCCACCAUCACAAACCAGCCGCAGACACAAUCUCCCACCGAGCUUCGGUCCCCAACAGAUUCACUACCUCGCCCAGAGUCGCGACCUCGAUCAGAAUCGCGGACGAACUCCUCCCCUUCCAUGCGCCAACAGCCCCUCAUCCCCGACCACAUCCUGUCGUCCUCGAAAGGGUUCACGGGCGGAGGCCUGCUCGCAGGCCCCGCGGUCGCCACAGAUACAGGCCGUGCCUCGCCCGCAUCCGCGUCAUCAAAUUCCACCGCCCCGUCGCGCGCCCGUCGUCGCUCGCAAACGAUGGAGCAGAUGCCGACGCUGCAGACGAUCAAGGAGCCGACCGCGACCGCGACCAUGACCGCCGCGCCGAAGCCUGUGCGCCCGCGCCAGGUCGUGAACCUGCCCGUGUCGACAUCGUCGGAGUCCUCCCAGACGAGUGCGUCUACGUCUGCAUCCGCGUCGGCUCCCAGGUCGGCAAUCCCACCUGCGACGACAAGCGCCCAGCAGCGCGCACGGGCACGGACGAUAGAGACACAGAGGGAUGGCUCAGGACUCGCGAGUCCAAGCACACUGGUCAAUAUGCCGCCUGUGAGGCCGUUUGCGGGUGGUGUACGCGGAUAUAGCCCCGCGAGCUCGACCGGCGAGUCGAGCAGCGGUCGGACGCCAAUUACGCCUCAGGAUGGGAGCGAACUGAGUUUCUCGCGGGAGCGUGCGAGGGAGAAGGAGAGGGCGCAGGGUGCAGGCCCUGGGGCGAGUGCGGCGGCGGUACGGAGAGGGCAUCGCAAGAGCUCCAGUCUGACGUUCGCGGAGGUGGAGGCCCAGAGGGGCCGCGCUGACCGUGAUCGUGAUCGUAAUCGCGAGGAGAAGAAGGAGGAGAGCGUUGAGGAUACGACUACAGCUGAGAAUAGGAGGAGGCAGCGGAGAAGAAGUGAAGCGAUGGCGGCUUUAGAGCUCGGGAAAAUCGUCAAUGGUCGGCCUCCUACUGACCAUGAUGACGAUGACGAUCGUCCGAUGGACAACAUGCCUCCGCGGAUGAGCAUGAUGAACAACAUGAUGGGCGUACCACCGACAGGCCCCAUGAACAUGAACACGCUCUCCUCUCCGAUGCCCUGGUCAAAUCCACAGGCUCCCAUGAUGAACCCACAGCAGUUCAUGUUCACGCCCGUCCCGCCAAACGCAGACCCGUCGUUCCUCGCGGCCCACCAGCAAGCCAUGAUGUUCGCGAAGCACGCAUACCAGAUGGCAGUCGUGCAGCAGGCGAUGGCGGCCGCCGAAGAAGAAUGGGAGCGCGGCUCCACCGCGGCGACGAGCAUGCUCAAUGGCGGCGGCGGGCGCGCAAGCACGUUCGGCGUCGGGUCUGCGCCCAUGACACCGAUGGGGUAUGGCAUGGGCAUGCCUGGGAUGAGCCCAAUGGGGAACAUGAACAUGCCGUGGCCAGGGAUGAUGGGCGGCUUCCCGUCGAGCGCACAGUCGAUGUACGCGGGGAGCGUCGCAGGGAGCGAGCUCGGCACGAACACGCGGGGCCAGGGCUGGGGCUCACGCAGCGCGUACGGCGACCCGUCCGCGGGCGAGCGCACGUCGAUGUUCCGCGGGCCGACGUAUGGCUCGCAGCAGCCGGGCAUGCCUCCGCGGUCUGCAAGCUCCAACAGCGUCCAGACUGGCAGCGUGCCGCAGCGCCCCGGGCCACGCCCGAGGACGAGGACGGGCCCGCCGGGACCUGUGAGCAGCGCGAAGCGGGAGCAGGUGCCGCCCCUGCCGCCGUCGAGUUGGAAGGCGGGCUCAAAACCUGCAUAG